AUGUAUAGUACCGGACUGGAAAAUGGUAACAACACUACCGUUGACCAUGAUGAUGCAACCUGGAUCUUGACAAAUGCCUUUACCAUUUUUACAAUGCAGUCAGGAUUCGGUCUCCUAGAAUCCGGGAUGGCUUCCAUGAAAAAUGAGGCGAACAUCAUGGUAAAGAACGCUGUGGACGUCAUUUUUGGUGGAUUCUCGUAUUGGCUUUUUGGAUUUGCGUUCAGUUUCGGCAUCGUAGAGCGAGGGAAUCCAUUUUGUGGAUUGGGUUAUUUCUUAACAGACGCAGAGGGAAGCAGAAUGGGUCAGGUGUAUUCCAAGUAUUUUUUCCAGCUUUCAUUCGCCACUACAGCGACCACCAUUGUUUCUGGUGCAAUGGCGGAAAGAAUCAAACUCAAAGCCUACAUCUUGUACUCAUUCCUGAACACUCUGACAUACAGCUUCCCGGCACAUUGGAUUUGGGAUGAAAACGGUUUCCUCCAUACAAUGGGCGCAGUGGACAUUGCUGGGUGCAGUGCUGUGCAUUUGGUUGGCGGAGUAAGCGGUUUGGUUGCGACGAUGAUGCUAAAGCCACGAAGCGGACGAUUCGACAAGAAUGCUCCUCCAAAACAAAUGGCUUCACCGACAAAUGUUCUCUUCGGGACUUUCAUGCUGUGGUGGGGAUGGUUGGGCUUCAACUGCGGGAGUACAUUUGGGAUAACUGGCAUGAGAUGGAAGCUUGCCUCAAGGUAUUUUCGAGACUUUUCUCUUUCUUCUUUUACCGCACAGAUACUGUCCGAAUUUUUAGGCACACAGUGUUUUGCUAGGCAUUUUCACCCAUUCCCCCCUUCUUCACGCCUUUUUUUUACGGUAUGAAGAGCCCUUUUUUGAAUUAUACUUCUACCUUUUAAUGGGCUGCGGGAGGGAUUCAUUCUUAUCAUUUUUACGAAUGGGAUUUUUAUACUUUUUAUAAUGUUUAAUGUUUACAUAGUUAGUAUUUGUGUAUUUUCCGCGAGGGCACACUUAAUUUGGAGCCUCGCUCUGUUGUGUGUCCCGCACCUUCGUCCCUCGUUUUUGUGUCUUGUUCAAAUGUAUUUUUUUCCCUAGUCUUUUUUAGCAUUGUAAUCAUGGUGAAAGCGAUUAAAUAAAUAAAUAAGUAAAUAAAUAAACCUAUAUUGGUCAUUACACUUGCAAGAGGUUUAAGUGUCCUUCAGCUGUUAUCUAUCUACAGCGGGAUCUCUCCUUGUCUUAACUUGUUAAAACGUCUGCUCAGCCAGCAACCAAAAUAAGCGGAUCGUAUUUCCUGUUCGUGAGCUUUCCCUAUAAAUCAAGUCUCUUAAAGUAUAACUUAUCUUGUUUUGUGUGUUAUAUAUACCUUUUCCUGGAGAUAAUUUAUGUGGUUUUGUUUUGCAGAAUUAAUCUUUCAACCUUAAAGGUUAAUUAAAUUUGUCUUAUUUUUUUCUAGUUAGUGUUUGUUUCUUUUAUUAGUGGCUCAAGGUCAGUCAGGAUUUCGUCAACAUGGCUGUUUUUCUGCUUUGGGCUUUUGAGCUGUUCUCGUACUUGAAAUUGAUGCUAAUAGUUCGCAAAUUUCUAGCCGAUCGCAGCCGUGCAGGUUCAAUUGUACCAAAACAUUACCCACACCGAGUUUACCUCUUUUUUAUUCUUGCGGUCAGCUAACCCAAACUUUACUGCAAUUAAGUUAAAGAAGAAUAAAGAAAAGAAUUCAAUGAUAAUAUGUAGAUUUAGCCAGGGCUAAAAGCGAAGCUCCCAUUAAUAAAUUUAUAUUUUAAAUCAAACAAUAAACUUGUAAUCCACAAAUCAACUUAAGGGCACAUUCAUGUGACUUUUGAGGGAAAGAAUAAUUUAUUUUAGAGUGAAACAUCUUACAUCGAGUUGAUAGCCUAAAUACAUGUACACCCAAAAAAUAGCAAACAUCUUCUAUCACAUUCAAGAGCCAUAAUGGCUCUUGAUCACAGUAGAUUAGGCCUCGAAAACAAAUUCUUGGAAAACAAAUCAGGCCGCAUUUUUUUGCGUUCGACAGGUUUACUUUACAAAUUCUUGCCAACAAAUCUGAGGGUGUGUAAACCAGCUUUUUAUACUUUUUAUACAUCACAUCUGAGGUGAAACAGUACUUUUUAUCAUACAGACCUCGGACAGAAUACGGCAUUUCACAAUUUUUCAAUAUUCAGGACGAUCAUCGUGGGCUUUUAACGAAACCGUUCAAAAAAUUUCUAAAAUCACCCAUAUGGCCAGCCGGUUCUCAUUUUUAGUGCGAGCUGUCAGUGUGAUCGAGUGUUUGAAUGAACUUUAAUGGAGAUACGCUUCAACGUAAUAACGAAUUGAUUAUCAUUAUUUUUUGUUAUUUAAUGGUUCCGGUUAUAACGAUGUGUAAUCUUAUAAAGCGUUUGAUACGCGCGACAUUUUUUAGUACUCCUGGAAACGAUGUUAGGGAGCUUACGAAUUGACGACUUUCGCACGACGACGCCGUUGGACUGCGUGACGGGCUUACUGCGCAUGCUUAUUUGGGCACUUGCCGGCGUCGCGCCAAAGUCGACGCCGUUGUUAACAGCGAUUCGCCGGCGUCCUAGAAAAAGCAGGACGUUGGACUAAUUUUCAAAGUUUUCCCUACAUACUUCAGCGGAUUUUUCCAGAUAAUUCAAGUACCGUAUUUAUUCGAAUAACCGCCCAGCCUCGAAUUAGCGCCCACCUCGAAUAAGCGCCCAUCCUAAAGGCAGAAAAAGUUAAUAAGCGCCCACCCUCGAAUAAGCGCCCACCUUUUGCUCCUCCCAAUCAAACUCAAAUAAGCGCUCACCCGUCCCCACCCACUUGAGUGAAUAAAUUCUAAUAAGAGACUUCCCCGAGGACGGAGUCUUCUUCAGAGUAUUUUACAGAAACCUUGCUUUGUUACUUCUUCGCGUUUUGUCAUUAGCAUUUAUUGUUUUGUUACAAAAUAAACAUACUUCACUUGCUGAAAAUGGUGAAAAUUUAAUAAGCGCCCAGCCUCGAGUAAGCGCCCACCUCGAAUAAGCGCCCACUCUCAUAGUCCAAAAAUUUAAUAAGCGCCCUGGGCGGUUAUUCGAAUAAAUACGGUAUCACAUUAGGGACAUGUUCUUUACAUAUGUUUUCGAUUGGUCUGUUUGUUUUCAUUGGAGUAACGACCCGAAGAAUCAACACCAUAGCUAGCUGUAGACAAACAUAAAUUAACACCGAGUGAAACCAUAUUGGCAAGAUGGUACCAAAGCUACAACUAGACCAUUGCAAGUGGUUAUAUCAUCACAGUAACUACAGUUGUUCAGGAAGUUUAUAAAUGCCCUACCUGUAUAUAAACGCGCCUUGCAGUCGUCCUUUGGCGUAUCGUCUAAAUGCGCAGUUAACUCUGAGUUUGUUGACGAAACGCAAAAAGUAUAAAUACAGUGAAAUACUCGGUCCUUUUAUAAAUCUGUUUCCAUAAGCGUCUGCAAUACAAGCUCUCGUUUCUUUUAUGAAUUUAGACAUUUUGGUUGAACAAAUAAGCUUACUUGUGAAAAGAAGAAAACAAACUUCAAAAACGGCGGGAAAAUUUGCCUGCCGCGCGCACGAACGUCGUCGUCUUUACUACGAAUCGUAAAUUCAAAUUUCUACAGGACGGCAACGCAGAACUAUGACGUGACCCAGCGGCGGCGUCGUGCGAAAGUCGUCGAUUCGUAAGCUCCCUGUUCAUGAACGAUGAAAACAAACACCACGGACAAGCGAUUAAAAUUGCAAGAGAGACUACUAACAAUCAAAAAAAGAGAUAUAAUUCGGUAAAACAUUUACAGAGACAACAAUUUUCAUUCACGAAGACAAGUAUUAAAGUGUCUCUAAAAAUCCUGAGUCUUUAAGCUUAAAGCUUAAGCUUAAGUUUAUUUUGUUUUACUUUCAGCCGGCCUCCCGGUGUUUGUUUUUUUUUUUCAAAGAUGAACUCCUCGAAACAAGAAAAUCACUCAAAGUUUUCUUUCUACAGCCAAAUUUAUAACUAAAUAUUCUUCGUAACGUUUUUUUUUUCUAUUUGCCGUGAGAAAAUAUAUCUGAAGGCCUUUUAAAGUUCUGUAAGCUUAUAUCAAACCUGAUACUAGAUCAGAUCAUUGACUCAAAUCUCAACAAACGUGCAAAAACUUGCCGCAUAAACUGUGCUCGACUUCAUGAAAUUAGAUAUAACAAAAACAAACAUUAAAUACAAUAAUUACUCAGGCUUACCAUUCGAGAUUCAGUUCCUGAAAGAUAUCAAGGAAGGCCAUAGUUGCUUGAGACUUUUAAACCCUCUUACGCAUUGAGCAAAGUGAAAGACGAAAACGAUGCCAUCCGAAAUCGGAUUACCCAAUUUUGACAAGCGACGCAUUUCUCAACCAAAAACCCAAUAAACAAACCAGCCAUGGAUAACAGAAGACUCUUGAUAGCAGCUGUAUUUCAUUUUGUACAUCCGGUGGAAAAAGACAGUUAAAAACAUCACAAGUAGACACAAAACUCUGUCAGCUUUUCCUGUCAAAGUAAACAACUCUUAAGAUGCUGCAUAAACUUUCCGCAUGAACUCACCUGUCAAAUUUUGACCAAUCAGAGUACAAAAAUUAGACGUAGAGCGUGACCAACGCGUGACCAUGGUAAGAAGAGUCUUCCCCGCCUUUAUUUUAAAAAAAAGUGGCUGAAUUUUCGCGUCCGAGGUCAGUUUGAAAUCAAAAUCUUGAUAGUGCGGGGCCAUAGAGACAUAAACACAACAUAUUUCAUAUGAAUCAUUAGAAAAAAUUGACUUGAGCCUGCGAUCAUUUGAAACUGGUAAUUUGUCAGCGGAUGACUUCAAAAAAGUACUCGACCUCGAUGGGUCGACACUUGAGCCCGCGGUACGGUCAGGUGAUACUGGUCAGCGGAUAUCCUGUUUUGACAGCUGUCAAUUGAUCACAACAUUGAUGUGCAAUUAGUUUUCUAUUGGGCUCCCAAACUAGCUAGAAAGUGUGAGAGUAAACAUUGGUUUCCCUGUGGUGCGGACGGACGGUCGUACGGUCACGUGAUUACCAAAUUUUCUCGGAUGGGUAGAUUACCACAUUUCCUUAGCUAUGGGGCUCCGUCCACGCGCGUGCUUCGCGCGCGCGUAGAGCUCCGCUAUCAAAGGACACUCUUGUUAUAUCUGCAGUUCUUGAUAGAGUAGUGAGAGGGUUUUGUACUAUUUUAUUCCAGUUAAACUAGUUAGUUUAUCCUUUUAAUAUAUAUAUUUUAAUUUUCUUUCUUUAUUCCUUUUUUAUGCCACUUUUAUUUCUGAUGGUAACCUUCCUCUUAGUGAUUAGCAAGUACUGAAUAGAGAAGGGGAAAGAGCAAUACCAAAUAAUUCAAUUUACGCAAAAACUUGUUUGCACUAGGUCAGCGGUCGUGACGAUAAACGGAGCUAUUGGAGGUGGAAUCGUUGGAACAGUGUACAGGUACGUAUAUGUCCAGGAUCGAUAGCUAGAAAAAGUUUUAUUUUCAUUUUUCUUUUAGCCCCAGAAGAAAGUUUGUUUUCAAACCAAAAUAUUGGGCAAUUUGUUUAAAUAUAUAUUUUUUUGUUUCAUUCUUUUGUUUACUUCUUCAUCGCCUUGCCGUAAGGAUUAGUUUGCCGUUUCAUAUUUUUCUACAAGUUUAGUCGUACUGAUGCAGGUCUACAACUGGGAGGUCCAGCACCACUCAUUGGUUUGUUGCUGUGGACUUGCUGACAUUUUAUAUAUUUUCGAUAGCUAGACCCUAUCAUAAAGUGUCAUCAUGGCUACAUGUUCUCCAAAUAAUCUUUAGCUUCAAAUUUGUGCAAAGUAAUUCAGUGUCAAUGACAAACUGUCCAGUCACAGUGCACGUGAAAAUCGCCGCGCGCGAGUUGAAGCAAGCCGCGAUUUUCAAGUGCGCUCGCGUUUUUCUACCUUAACUAUCCCUGAAGAAAGUAAGGGACUAUUCGUAGUCUAGGCUCAGUGGGAGGGAGUAAGGGGGAGUUUCUGGAUUUUCUUUUAUAUUUGAAAUUUUCCAAUCCGGAAUUUUUCUCUCCUCAAUCCCCCUCCCUUUUUCCCUUCCCCCCAAUCCCCAAACUCUUUCGACGCCUGCUACGCAGGCCGCAAAUUUCUAAUUUUUCGUGUUAUAUCAUUUAAUGCUUUGUGGAGAUUUUUAAGGCUCGGAAAUUCAGCAUGGGAUGUUUUUUUUGGUCAACUUUUGGUCCAGGGAUUUUUUUAUGGGGUUUGUUAAAAACCCUAGGGAGUUUUAUGGGUUUAGAUUUUUGUCCCCAUUCUAUCACCCCCGUCACUUGAAAUCCGGAAUACCCCGCCGUGGAGUCUAGGGCGGGUCACCAGCUAAUUGUAAGGUAAAGGUAUGAACGAUUUCAGCCGGUUUUUUCUUCGAAGGCCUCUCUUCAAAGAAAACUGUACGUUCGAAUCAAAAGCACUAUAAAACCCAAGUAAGUACAGUAUCAGCGAUGGAAAAGACAGGACGUCUCGAGCAUCCUUGCAGAACUGCCCAUACAAAUUAAUCAUGGCGAUAAAGCACUAUAAACCAUUUAUCCACUCGUUUAUUUGAUUGAGGAUACUGGCAUUUGCCUGUUUUUUUGUAUAAUUGGUUGUAAGGCUAGUUUCAAUUGUCUGUACUCUUUAGUUACGUUGUCUACAAAAACAAAUUGGACAUACCUUGCUUCGUCACUGGAAUCAUAUCAGGUCUCGUGUCCAUCACCGGUUAGUGAGUAGAUAAGAACUGAUAUACGCCUUAGCAGUUAACCGAGUAUGCCCUUUUUUACGGUUUACUGAUAAAGAUGAUUUUCUUAAAUUGUGUAAUGACUAGAGGUAUACAUUAUCGACAGCCUCUUAAAAGGAAAUUGGUUGGGUUAAUGACUGUGUAUAACCUGAGGCGCUUGUACUGGGUUUUAAAACUCACACCCUGAACAUUUUUCAGAUCGCUCGUAGUUCAUCCAAAGGUCGCGCUAAUCAUACUAGCUAUUACUCCCUUCCUUCCCACUACUUAACCCCCACCCGUUGCUCCCUCCCUCCGUACUACUACUCCUUGCCGUCUAUUAACAUCCCUUCCCACUACUCUCCCUCUAUUUACCCAAAAUAAAGAAUCACGCUGGUGAUAAGCGCUACACUCAAACAAGUACCUUACUUUGUCAAAAAGGGAAGUACACUUUACUCUACGUACGUUCAUUUGUAAACCAGUUACCUGUGAAGACGUUCCAUAGCUUUCAUCUCAACAAACGUCCUGUUAAACAUGCUUUAGUCAUUAUGCUUUUUAUGAGUAAUAAGUAGUUUUGCCUGGGCCUUUUGUUGUCUUCAAUUUCCUACUACUUGGCAGUUUUCCCGACGUUGCUAUACCAUUUUCCUUCAAGAACACGAACACUGCAAAAAGCUGGAAACCUGGGGGGCUUCUCUUGCACGAGCAGUGCAGGAGUACUUGUUCAGCUGAGGGAAAAUCACACGACAAUCAAUAGUUUUUGGCUUCAUGAGAUACCAAAUUUUUAAAGAUAAAGUAAUCCGCUCCCACUCCCACUUUGAGCACGGGAGCGGAUGACAACAUUUUGAUACUCGCUUGCAAUUAAGUCAUUGCCAAUGACCAUCAAAGGCAAAGGGAGCUGGUAAAUUGUAUAAUCAUGGCCUGUUUUAACGAUAAGUGGUCGCCAUCUUGAAACUAAGGACGAAUAUCAAGGGUCUUUACAUUAAUUGAAGAUACUAAUAAAGCAAUGAAUCUUAUUUGAUGGUCUAAAAUUGAUCAACUUUUUGCUGAUUCAAUUUGAAGGAAUAUGCACUGUGGCUCGUCCUUGGGAAGGAAUCUUCAUUGGUGCAGUGGGUGCUCUAAUAGCAUGUCCUGGAUGGUCUCUUCUUGAUCGACUCCGAAUCGAUGACCCUGUUGGCUGUGUUCCCAUCCACCUCUUUGCUUCAGUCUGGGGUCUCUUGGCUGUUGCCCUGUUUGCUGAGAAAGACAUUGUCGAUGAUAAUCUUUCUAAGGAGUUCCAGGAGUUCCGAGUCGGGAUCUUUAAGGGUGGUCCUUGGAGAUUUUUGGGAGUGCAGGCACUUACGAUUGUGGCUGUUUCCGUAUGGACCGCAACUGUUACUUUUCUGGAACUACUAUUGAUCGAUAAGCUGGUUGAAAUGCGCGUAUCCCCACAGGAAGAACUACUGGGCGCUGACAACGUUCAACAUGGAAUUGAACGAGGCUGUAGUCAACCCGUUUGUUUGUGUGUGUCAGUCAAUUCUCCCAUCAACCAAAAGGGUCUGGAAACGAUUUCUUGUGAAUCAGAGAGACACUUUCAACGCCUGCCGACACCUCGAUCACCUUCAGGUUCUUUUUCCUUCCCAGUCCACCACCGUGUAACUCUAUUGGAUACCAUGACUGAGCGACAGUCAGGAGGCUUUUGUACUGGUGACAUAUUACAUUGAGCCAAACCAGUCAUUAGGCAGCCUUAAUUACUCACUUGUCUGAGUAUGCCUUCUCAAGACGGAUGCGUUAACAGUGUGAUGUGUUGACUUGUGCAAGAAAAAGUGCUUAAAUGGCUGUGAAGUAAAGACUUCCGAAUGCUGAUUGCUGGCACCAUGUCAUUAAAGAUGUCGGAAGAAAUCAGAUCCAUGUUAUUUGUUUUAUUGUUUUUAAUAUAGUUUGUAGGAUAAGCAAACAACGCGUCUUACCUUUUUUGCAACAAUAUGGAACGGGUGUGCAUUGGCAAUUUUCGUGGUAAAUUUAGGUGACUAAAUAUACGCCGGAAAAGAAGUUAUGUGUAAGGUACAUGACAGCUUCUCAUCUAGCGAAAAUGAUUUUUCAUUGUAAACAAAAAGGCGCAAAUAAAUAACAAUCAAACUGAUGAAAUGAUGCUAUAGAUUAUUUGUAAAAGACAAAUUCAUGACUGUAUUUUUUUUUCUUUUACUGUACUUUGAGCUAUAAAAUUCGCCCAACCUACUCUCUGUCAAUCAAAAAGGAGAAAUUUCAGUCGUUCGUGGAAAGUUGAACGUUGAAAGUUCUUUCGGUUACAACCUUCCAGCGCUAAAAAAAAAAAAGCUCUGACCACUCUGGUACGUGAACAACGAAGCCAGCAAUGAGAAAAGAUUGUGACCAACGUCUGUGAACGUCUGCCAAUGCCUUGGUCACCGUCACGCUCUUUUUCUUCGCCAGUACACCGUGAAGCUCCAUGGAAAACGACGUUUGAGCGACAGUCAGGAGGUCUUCCUACUGCUAACAUAGUACAUUAAGCCAAACCAAAAAAUCUGGAGUCCAAAAUCUGAAUCCGGAAUCCGGGAAACUUUUCCAUCUGGAAUCCGGAAUCUUAGGCGUUAGGAUCCGGGAAACAGCUAAAGGAAUCCGAGAUCCCAAUAAUGAUUAGAAUCCAGAAUCCGAGUUCUACUGACAAAGAAUCGGAGAUCAGGACCUAAAAUCCAGAAUCCUUAGCGUUGAUUCCAAGACUGUCUUGGAUUCCCUCACAUGGGGCCACUCAAGUGUUUGAGUGAGCAGUUCUUGAGGCAUACGGCUAGGAGUGUGAUUUUUUAAAUUAUAGCAUGACAUACAUGUAGUUUUUGAAUAACUGAAAAUUAUUAAGUGUACUUUCCAUUAGGAAAUCUGGAUUUUGUUGGUUUGAAAUUCAGAUUUUGAAUUUUGCAAUAAAGUGCGAUUUGCAAUAGAGUGCGAUUUAAAACAGCAACUUGCUGUUUUACUUCAAUUCUGUGCUCAAGUCACUACUAGUACUUGUAGUGCCUUUAUCCAUACCAAAAAAUGCUUUUGUAGAGUCAUGAAAGAGGUAUCAAACAAUUUCAUCAGCUGAAAGAAGCAAGGCUUAUUAUAUAGCAGAGGAUAUCAGAUAUCAUCAUAGAACUGAAUUUCAUCAGCGAUGCACCUGAAUGACGCACUUAAAAGAUAACGUUUAAGUCAUUCCAAAGUCAUCAGACGUUGAGCGUCUGUCUUAUACUGGACGUUCAAGUCUCAAAACGGAACUUAAACGUCUCUAACAAAAUGGUCUUCGUAGAGAUCUAAAGUGGCCGCGCGAGUGUAUUUAAUCAAGAUCAAGAUACCUACAACUCUCUUAGUCUUGUUUAUCAAUACCGUGAUCAUUCUCGUGCAACUACUUCCAGUACGUAGUCAUAAAAGCGACCACUGCCUUUGUAAGUAAGAGAUAGCGAAAUGCCUUUUCUUAUGCACUCUUUUAAGUUACUAAUGCUUAAAUUUCGUAAGGAUCCGCGAUCAAACUCGAGGCAAUAAAUUUGAAAAGAUGCCUGGGUUUUAGGCGCUAAAGCCAGAGAUUAAGGGAGCUCUGUCACAGCAGUCCAGUUCAUUUUGCUUAAUUUUGCCAAUUACUUGGCCUCAACCUCUAUGGAACGUAAAGUAAGUAAAUAAAUUACAUGUAAAUGACAAAAUCAGAAAUUCAAGACAAACAAAUAUGUCUCCUGGGCAUUAUUUUUGAAGUUGCAAACAGCAGAGAUCAACUUUUAAAAACUGUUAGGCUGAACAGUUUUCAAAAACCCUAAUUUCAAUCCGUUUCAAUCUUCUUCAGUUUUGCCCAUCCGUGGCAUCUGUUGUUUCUGUUGUGUUAUUUUAACCUUCCUUUAAAGUUUUAAGCGGUUAUUUUUAUGUUUCUCUUAAUUUAACGGACAUUUUGUAAUUACCUAACUUGUCUGAAUUUCGUGACACAGCUCCUUUUAAGAGGCCUUUAGGUAGACGCGUAUGAGCAUGCUUAGUAAGGGGUCUGGUUUCAUGCUCACCCGAUCAAGAUUGUCUGAAAUCGCUAGAAAUGCAACUAAAACAAAGUAUUACUAAAAAUCUCCAUUAAAAAUAACAGAGGACGCUUGAUGUCAAAAUUAGUCUCCAGUGAGGAAAAACGGUGGAUUUACUUGCAGGAGAAUUGUUUGUUUCUACACUUGCGUUUUGGUAUCUCUUUAUUGCAAUUCAACUUAGUUUAUUUUCCCACUAUAUUUUAGUUAGUGCUAAGUUACAGCCUUUUAAAAAGUAACACCAACACAAAGUCCAGUUACCUUUUAGGCGUGUUUGAAUGUUUAAUUCUGCAGGUUUAAAGGGAAGGCGAUCACCGAGUUCAAAAUAAAAGUGUCGUGAACAGUCUUAAAAGGGUGUCUAAGAGAUUUGGGAGAUAAUUCAAAGAUUGUUGACUGCACUAUUGAGAAUUUAGUUCCAUCAGUUAGAUAGUUGUUUAAUUGUCACUAUUAUCGAGGCCCUUGCAUUCCAAGUUGUGACCAACUUACGCAUGGUACGGCAAUGCAACCGCUGCUUAAUACAUCGGAGAAACUAAACGAAGACUUAAAGACCGUUUCAACGAACAACGCAGACCAGUUGACAACCCAGUGGCAGAUCCAGGGGAGGGGCCGGGGGACCGGGCAUCCCCCUUAUUUUUAGCCCAAACUGAGGCCCGAAGGGCCGAAAAAAAUUUUGUUUUAGAGACCGCGCGCCCCACCUCCUUAUCUAAGGGUCUGGAUGACCGGGGCCCCCUUAUCUGAAGGUUUGGAUCCGCCCCUGCAACCCAAGUAAAAUCUCCAAACCCACCAUAGUCUCAGAAUAUUUUCUUACUAAAUAAAUGAUCAAUCCGCUAACGACACUAUACUUAUUCCACUUGAAAUCAUUAAAUCCAAUAGAGACAGUACGUGAAAAGCUAGAAAGGCAUACCUCAUCGAGAGAGAAAAAACUCAUGAAUCCUUGGGUAUUAAAAUAAGAAAGAUAAAAUGUAAUACCGUCCGUCCAUUUGUGUUUAUUUAUACUAUUUUUACUUUUCAAAUUUCUUUUGAAUAACGACUUCAACGGUUUUUGUGUUCAUAUACUUUCAACGUUCACCACUCUCCUUCAGUUUUUAUUUUGACACGUUGUUAUAGUAUCGUGAACGCUGUCCUUCAUUUAGCUUGACCUCGUCAUUUGUAUGUAAGACCCUGCAGACGAAAGGCCGUGCCUUUCGAAAUAUCAUAACAAAAAAUUAAAUAGAUAUAUUCCCGACUGUAUUGUACUAUAUUAUCAGCCUUCCUACGUUCCUUCCGUUGUCCAUACGCAAAUUGCGCCGGAUCGAUUUGUUGUUUUCCAAAAUAAAUACUAACCCACGCGAUAACCUGCGAUCAGGCGUCGCGCUUCCCCGAAAACAGUAAAAGGAAAAGAAAGAAGAAGGCCUGAUCGAACGUCAUCGGCACAAAAGCCGUCGUGAAAUAAAGAAAUGGCGUCAUUACGUUGCUAUGGCAGCCACGAUUUAGCAAUUAGGCAGCUGUGUGGUGACGGCUUUGGAUGAAAAAUUCCGGAUGAUGAGUCGGACCCGUAUUAUUAUUUAGCUAGCUAGUUAGCCAAACAGGUAGACCACUCUCUGUUUGUGUGGCCAUGUGGUUUACACUUUGCUCCAAAAUACUGAAAAUAUCAGGAUUUAAACGGAAAUGUUUCAAUAAAAGUUCAGAACGAAAUGUUUAGAAAUAACUGAGUCAUGUGUAGUGUUUUUGUUCGGUGUCUCAAGCUGUGAAAAUCGUUAUUUUGCGUAAUAAUUCGUCGACCAGCGGUAACUGUGUGUCAAGUUUCGGCUAGUACUUUUAUGUGAGCUCCAUGUUUGGUUAAAUGUUUAAAACAAACGUCGCUCCCACAUGGAUCCCGCUUUCUUCAACGUAAGAAAACUUAAGUGAAAUAAAGUACAUUUUCUCGUUUGUCUUUCGGUUCACCUGGCUUGUGUGGCUACUGGAAGCUUACGUGCGUCCAAUUUUUUUCCAGUUUGUUAUUUCGUGAUCACUAGAGUACCUUAGAAAUUAAAUGCUUGCAUUGACAAAGAUUAAUUUUUUUUAAUAUAUAACCCAUUGGUUCAAGCUGCAAAAAUGACAACCUCCUCAGUUUAAUAUGCUAAUGAGUCUUAAGUAGUUUUUACAGUUAGAUAACUAGCAUGUGCGAUACAGGUUGCCAUGGUAACUGAACGUGGGGAAGAAUUAUUGAUAGACGUCAUGGGCAGGCUAAAGAGAUAAUGAAAGAAUGAUAGUCUUUAAACUAGAGCCUAAAUAAGCCAAGAAGUAUUUCAAGAUAAGAAAAUUUUUAAUUCUUCAAGUUAAAGAAAGCUUCAUACACAACCUAUCUUUUCACUUCAGGUUUACUUAAGCCUAUUUUCCCACGCAACAUAAUUAAGAUUGAUUGACAUGCUUCGCCUUUCUCAAAGCUCAAGAAACCGAAAGUUCGCCAAGUCGGUUUUAAGGAUGAUUUCCAAGACACUUGAAACUUUCUUGAGUCGUUUCAACUUUCCCGUCUUUAAUGAGAUGAAAAGUAAAGUUACUUGAGAUUCUACUUAGGCCUUCACACACGCAUUUUUGGUUAAGGAAAACUUAGCAGCUCUUAAGUCUUACUUAACAGUCUAGUGUAAAGACAACCAAUAUUGGUAAAAGGAGUUAUUGAGUACAUGACGGUCUCAGUUAGCCCUAUGAAUUAGGAUCUGUUUACCAUAAAAUAGCCUUUCAUAAAAACAGGUGCCAUCUCUAUUUUUAUCAAACGUAAACGGAAGAUCUACAAAUUGGAAUAAUCGACAGAAAGUUAGAAGGAUAAGCAAAGCGUUCAAGCUACUUCGGAUAGAAAACAUAAAUGUAUAGUACCGGACAGGAAAAUGGUAACAACACUACUGUUGACCAUGAUGAUGCAACCUGGAUCUUGACAAAUGCAUUUACCAUUUUUACAAUGCAGUCAGGAUUCGGUCUCCUAGAAUCCGGGAUGGCUUCCAUGAAAAAUGAGGCGAACAUCAUGGUAAAGAACGCUGUGGACGUCAUUUUUGGUGGAUUCUCGUUUUGGGUUUUUGGAUUUGCGUUCAGUUUCGGCAUCGUAGAGCGAGGGAAUCCAUUUUGUGGAUUGGGUUAUUUCUUAACAGACGCAGAGGGAAGCAGAAUGGGCCAGGUGUAUUCCAAGUAUUUUUUCCAGCUUUCAUUCGCCACUACAGCGACCACCAUUGUUUCUGGUGCAAUGGCGGAAAGAAUCAAACUCAAAGCCUACAUCUUGUACUCAUUCCUGAACACUCUGACAUACAGCUUCCCGGCACAUUGGAUUUGGGAUGAAAACGGUUUUCUCCAUACAAUGGGCGCAGUGGACAUUGCUGGGUGCAGUGCUGUGCAUUUGGUUGGCGGAGUAAGCGGUUUGGUUGCGACGAUGAUGCUAAAGCCACGAAGCGGACGAUUCGACAAGAAUGCUCCUCCAAAACAAAUGGCUUCACCGACAAAUGUUCUCUUCGGGACUUUCAUGCUGUGGUGGGGAUGGUUGGGCUUCAACUGCGGAAGUACAUUUGGGAUAACUGGCAUGAGAUGGAAGCUUGCCUCAAGGUAUUUUCAAGACUUUUCUCUUUCUUCUAGUACCGCACAGAUACUGUCCGAAUUUUAGGCAACAAUGCUAGGCAUUUUCCCCCAUUCCUUCCUUACUCACGCAAUUUUUUUUACGGUAUGAAGAGCCCUUUUUUUUAAUUAUACUUCUACCGAUAUUGGUCAUUACACUUGCAAGAGGUUUUAGAGUCCUUCAGCUGUUAUCUAUCUACACCGGAAUCUCUCCUUGUCUUAACUUGUUAAAACUUCUGCUCUGCCGGCAACCGAAAUACGCGGAUCAUAUUUCGUGAGCUUUCUCUAUAAAUCAAGUCUCUUAAAGUGUAACUUAUCAUGUUUUGUGUGUUAUAUGUACAAUUUCCUGGAGAUAAUUUAUGUGGUUUUAUUUUGCAGAAUUAAUCUUUCAAUGUUAAAGGUUAAUUUAAUUUGUCUUAUUUUUUUCUAGUUAGUGUUUGUUUCUUUUAUUAGUGGCUCAAGGUCCGUCAGGAUUUCGUCAACAUGGCUGUUUUUCUGCUUUGGCCUUUUGAGUGUUCUCGUACUUGAAAUUGAUGCUUAGCUCGCAAAUUUCUAGCCGAUCGCAGCCGAGCAGGUUCAAUUGCACCAAAACAUUACCCACACCGAGUUUGCCUCUUUUUUAUUCUUGCGGUCAGCUAACCCAAACUUUACCACAUUUAAGUUGAAGAAGAAUAAAGAAAAGAAUACAAUGAUAUAAAAGGACACUCUUGGUAUAUCUUCAGUUCUUGAUUAGUGAGAGAGAUUUGUAGUAUUUUAUUCCAGUUAAACUAGUUACUUUAUCCUUUUAAUAUAUAUAUUUUAAUUUUCGUUCUUUAUUCCUUUUUUAUACCACUUUUGUUUCUGAUGGUAACCUUCCACUUAGUGAUGAGCAAAUACUGAAUAGGGAAGGGGAAACAGCAAUAUCAAAUAAUUCAAUUUACGUAAAAACUUGUUUGUACUAGGUCAGCGGUCGUGACGAUAAACGGAUCUAUUGGAGGUGGAAUUGUUGGAACAGUGUACAGGUACGUGGGAAGUUCCUCCCAAAGCUCACAGAUAUGUCUAGGAUCGAUAGCUAGAAAAAGUUUUAUUUUCAUUUUUCUUUUAGCCCCUGAAGAAGGUUUGUUUUCAAACCGAAAUAUUGGGCAAUUUGUUUAAAUAUACUUAGUAUAUACUAAAACAGUGGAUAGUGUUUUUCGCGCGCUUUGAUUGGCAACUCAAACAGUGAAUAUCCUUCACUGAUUCACCUCCAGUUCCUCCGAGUAAGCGACGCCAAACUCGCGUAAGUUGCGAGGAAAAUGCCUUCCCGGUUCGCUGCCGUAACAAACAAAGAAAUUUCACAACUAAGCAAGCAAGCUAUGAAGAAGGUGACGAAGUUCGGUUUGGAAGUUUUAACAAGUAAAGAUUUGUCUUUUUGACUUGAAUUUAUCGAUAAAACCGGUAAAAAAGUUUUUUGUUUACAAAUGCAAAUUAACCUUAAGUCUUGCAUUACUUUAUUUAGUUGACUUGUUCAUAAAUAAGCUUAAAACUAGAUUUAAUAAUCUUUUUUACAGAAUGAUUUUAAAUACAAAAAGAAUUCACAACUCCUUUUGAAGAAAUUUCCCCGCAAGAGGUAAACAAAUGCCUUCAAAAGUUUUAUUUGUCGGCAAGAAAAAGCGACGACCGCGGCCGUUCGGUCAUUGCGCGCCAAAAUUGUAAUCGUUGGCAACAGUAAAUGAGUUAAAAAUCAUCAUUUUUGUGCUCAAUUAUCUCACUGUUUUAGUAUAUACUAAAACAAUUAUUUACCUCAGUGUCGGUGGCUAGUGGUGGUAUUUACCUCGCCGCUUCGCGGCCUCGAUAAAUUCCAGCACUACCCACCUCCACUUCGGUGAAUAAUUGCUAUAUAUUUUUGUUUUAUUCUUUUGUCUACAAGUUUAAUUAUACUGAUCCAGGUCAGAACUGGGAGGUCCGGCACCACUCAAUGGUUUGUUGCUGUGGACUUGCUGACAUUUUAUAUAUUUUCGAUAGCUAGAUCCUAUUAUAAAGUGUCAUCAUGGCUAAAUAUUCACCAAAUAAGCUUUAGCUUCAAAUUAGUCCAAAGUAAUUCAGUGUCAAGAGGGUCUCAAUGGGGUUAACCGAUAGCCGUAAAACGGCCAAAAAUUUAGUCGAUAGCCGUAAAAAUUGAAACAUUUUAACCGUUAGCCGUAAAUAGAGUAAAAAAGAGUUAACCGUAAAAGAAACUGUUCCCUAGAUUUCCCACUUUUAAGGGAGGUACAAAACUCACUUAUGGUUGCGUUUUUUAUUUCCCGGCUAGUGUGACUCCGUACGUACGUUAGGCGAGGCGCCUUUUAGGUGUUGACCAAGACCUAGGCUCCAUUUCCUCCACUCUCUCGGGGAACUAAUUUUUUCCAUAGCGAAAGUGUGGCUUCUUGCUGGAGAUUAAUAUUUGCGAUUUUCAGGAGGUCGUGCCCUCAAAACACUAGUGAAACAACUCGCAGAGAUGUCACUGUUUGUAAAACACGUUGCCGAUAAACAAUAUUUCCCUGUUUUUCUCUGAUGCUACGGUAGACAUUGCCGUCCCUGUACGGCGUCUUUCCACGCAAUCUCGGUCAAGGAAUUCGGUGGCGAACUCGCUGGGACCACGUGACCCGAAACGCAUUAGCCGCGCGAAAUAAUGGGGCCUACGGACAAGUCAACUGCAGACAGUCGUUCCGUACAGUCCUUCGCUAUCAUUAAAAACACUGGACACGGGAAUUUUGUUAUUGGCCGUUUUCACGCUAGAGCCAGAGAUGGAUUAUCCGUCUGAUGCCUGUGUACAGUAGCGCCCUCCCCACAGACACUCCUUCUCCGAUUUUUUUGAGGGAAGGGGGCGGUUGCACACAGGCUAUCUGGAACGGGAUAAUCCUGUCUUGAAACUGUCCGUCGAAAUUGACGGAUAAAGUCAGGCGGAUUGUUCAUUCAAAAUUAAAACUAUUCCAUUUUCAAAUUACGAAGUAUUACCUAUCUGACGCGAGUCAUCAAACGGAUAACUCGUCUCACACGAGUAAUCCGUCUCUAGUGUGAAAACGGCUUCCGCUUUUGCUUUUUCACAAAGAUUAUUAAAUAAUCUUUUUUUUAAAUUGACUAUUGACAUUUCUAUGUAUAAAAUAAUAUUAGAAGUGAAAUACUUCAUGAAAGGUAUGAUCUAUCAAAUGUUAAAAUUUUUCAAAAGAAUAGUUUGUUUCAGCCCGAGAUGAUCUGAAGACCUUAUUUCGAUUUAAAGAUACAAAAAAUACAGGUUAAUUAAUAUUUAACUUUUUGAAACAAAAGAAGUUAAUUUUUAACUUUUUUGUUAACCGUAACUGAAAAAAAUUAACCGAUAGCCGUAAAAUAGCCAAAAUUUUAGCCGAUAACCGUAAAAGCCACCACCCCAUUGAGACCCUCUGUCAAUGACAAACUGUCCAGUCACAGUGCGCGUGAAAAUCGCCGCGCACGAGGGGAAACAAGAUGGGAUUUUCAAGUGCGCUCGCCGAAAGUGAGCGAUUAUUCGUAGUUUAGGCCCAGUGGGGGUAGUAAGUGGGGGAGGGGGGGUCUGGAUUUCAAGUGACGGGGAUGAUCGAAGGAUUUUCCAGUUUUCCAAUCCGGAAUUUUUCUCUCCCAAUCCCCCUCCCUUUUUCCCUUCCUCCCAAUCCCCAAACUCUUUCGACGCCUAACUUCUAAUUUUUCGUCUUAUAUCUUAUAUUUUUAAGUCUCGGAAAUUCAGCAUGGGAUUUUUUUUGGUCAACUUUUGGUCCAGGGAUUUUUUUAUGGGUUUUGUUAAAAACCCUAGCGAUUUUUAUGGGUUUUGAUUUUUGUCCCCAUAAAAUCAUCCCCGUCACUUGAAAUCCGGAGUACCCCGCCAAGGAGUCUAGGGCGGCUCACCAGCUAAUUGUAAGGUAAAGGUAUGAACGAUUUCAGCCGGUUUUUUUCUUCCAAGGCCUCUCUUCAAAGAAAACUGUUCAAAUCAAAAAAGUACUAUAAAACCCAAGCAAGUACAGUAUCAGGGAUGGAAAAGAUAGGACGUCUGGAGCAUCCCUGCAGAAUUGCCAUUACAAAUUAAUCAUGACGAAAAGCACAAUAAACCAUCAAGAAAAGCAAUAUGCACUUGGCCGCUUUAGCUUUCUCUUACUAUUUUCACUGUUCAUGAUAGAAAUGCCAUACGAUAUAAUGAAAGGCACCCUCGACCAUGAGUAUAUGUUCCAUAAAACUGAAUAAAUACUAUUUGUUCGAGAUACCUACGUUUUCAAAGUAUUCUUAUUCGAUGUUUUAUUAAGUUUUAGCCACUCAUUUAUUUGAUUGAGGAUACUCACAUUUGCCUGUUUUCUUGUAUGAUUGGUUGUAAGGCUGGUUUCAAUUGUCUGUACUCUUUAGUUACGUUGUCUACAAAAACAAAUUGGACAUACCUUGCUUCGUCACUGGAAUCAUAUCAGGUCUCGUGUCCAUCACCGGUUAGUGAGUAAAUAAGAACUGAUAUACACCUUAGAAAUUAACUGAGUAUGCCCUUUUUUACUGUCUGCUGAUAAAGAUGAAUUUCUUAAAUUGUGUAAUGACCAGAGGUAUACAUCAUCGAAAAUUGGUUGGGUUUAUGACUAUGCAACCUGAGGCGAGUGUACUGGGUUUUAAAACUCACACUCUGAACAUUUUUCAAAUGGCUCCUAGUUCAUCCAAAGGUCGCUAAUCAUACUAGCUAUUACUCCCUUCCUUCCCACUACUAAUAUUUAACCCCCACCCACUGCUCCCUCCCUCCCUAUUACUACUCCCUGCCGUCUAUCAACAUCCCUUCCCACUACUUCCCCUCUAUUUACCCAAAAUAAAGAAUCACGCUUGUGAUAAGUGCUACACUUAAACAAGUACCUCACUUUGUCAAAAAGGGAAAUACACUUUAUUCUACCUACGUUUAUUUGUAAGUCAUUUACCUGCGAAGACCUUCCAUAGCUUUCAGAUCAACAAACAUCCUGUUAAACAUACUUUAGUAAUUAUGCUUUUUAUGUCGAGUAAUAAGUAGUUUUGAUCACUAGACUUUCAGCAACGAAAUCCGAACAGAUGAGGAAUUUUUGGGGGAUAAAAAUACGCCUAUAUUUGACCGUUAAAUACUAAAAUACGUUCAACAAUGCUUAUGUUUAAGUGGUUUUGAACUAUAUUUUCGUUGGGUGCCCCUGUGUUUUAACGAUAAGUGGUCGCCAUCUUGAAACUAGGGGCGAAUAUCAAGGGUCUUUACAUUAAUUGAAGAUACUAAUAUAGCAAUGAAUCUGAUUUGAUGGUCUAAAAUUGAUCAACUUUUUGCUAAUUCAAUUUGAAGCAAUAUGCACUGUGGCUCGUCCUUGGGAAGGAAUCCUCAUUGGUGCAGUGGGUGCUCUAAUAGCAUGUCCUGGAUGUUCUCUUCUUGAUCGACUCCGAAUCGAUGACCCUGUUGGCUGUGUUCCCAUCCACCUCUUUGCUUCAGUCUGGGGGCUCUUGGCUGUUGCCCUGUUUGCUGAGAAAGACAUCGUCGAUGAUAAUCUUUCUAAGGAGUUCCAGGAGUUCCGAGUCGGGAUCUUUAAGGGUGGUCCUUGGAGAUUUUUGGGAGUGCAGGCACUUACGAUUGUGGCUGUUUCCGUAUGGACCGCAACUGUUACUUUUCUGGAACUGCUAUUGGUCGAUAAGCUGGUUGGAAUGCGCGUAUCCCCACAGGAAGAACUACUGGGCGCUGACAACGUUCAACAUGGAAUUGAACGAGGCUGUAGUCAACCCGUUUGUUUGUGUGUAUCAGUCAAUUCUCCCAUCAACCAAAAGGGUCUGGAAACGAUUUCUUGUCGAUCAGAGAGACACUUUCAACGCCUGCCGACACCUCGAUCACCUUCAGGUUCUUUUUCCUUCCCAGUCAACCACCGUGUAACUCUAUUGGAUACCACGACCGAACGACAGUCAGGCGGCUUUUGUACUGGUGACAUA